AUGCAGAAUGAAACAACUGUCACAGAAUUCAUCCUCCUGGGGUUCUCCAGCAGCCCAGCCCUGCGGCUCUGCCUCUUUGGCCUUUUCACUGUCCUCUACUCUGCCACUUUGAUUGGAAACACACUUGUCUUUGUGCUUAUCUGCCUGGACUACCACCUCCACAGCCCCAUGUACUUCUUCCUCUGCCACCUCUCCAUCGUGGACAUCUGCUACGCCUCCAACAACGUCCCCCAUAUGCUGAGGAACCUCCUUGGACAAGGCCGAACCAUCUCCUUUGCUGGCUGUGGGAUACAGAUACAUCUUUAUUUAAUCUUUGCGCUUACAGAGUGCGUGCUGCUGGCUGUGAUGUCUUGUGAUCGCUAUGUGGCAAUCUGCCAUCCCCUCCGCUAUGCCCUCAUCAUGAACCGGAGGGUGUGCCUCACCCUUGCCACAGCUUCCUGGGCUUUUGGGUUCGUAUUUGGUACACUGCAAGCCUCUCUGGCUUUACACCUGCCUUUCUGUGGCCCCUGUGAGGUUGACCACUUCUUCUGUGAAAUCCUUGCUGUCUUAAAGCUGGCCUGCACUGACAUUACUGCCAAUAAAGUCCUGAUCUUUGCUGUUUGCGUGUGCUUCCUCCUCUUCCCUUUGGCCUUGAUCCUAGUAUCCUACCUGCACAUCCUGGCCACCAUUCUGCGCAUCCACUCUGUGCCAGGAUGGCACAAAACCUUCUCCACCUGUGGCUCCCACCUGACGGUGAUGUGUCUGUUUUAUGGAAACGCCAUCUUCAUGUACAUGGGGCCCGGGAGCAGCAACUCAUCUGGGAGAGAGAAGGUUCUUUCCCUUUUCUACAGUCUCGUCAGCCCCACUUUGAACCCUCUGAUUUACAGCCUGAGGAACCAGCAGGUGAAGGAAGCCUUGCUGAAGCUUCAGAGAAGGAAAAGAGUCUUUCAUUCCAUGUAG